AUGAAAUUUGCGGCGUACUACACACCGCGAUCUAUCGAGACCAGUCACCUGGUUCUGGUCAACCUAUUCCAGUUAGCACUUGCGUCGGGGGACGCAUUUGUAUUGCCAGUUACCGCGUUUCCGUCGGGGGGUGCAUUGUGCCGCGUCGCCGGUUACCGCGCCCCAAUCGGGGGCUACCAGGUGCCGUUGGGGCGCCGGCCGAGUCAUGCGGUCACUUUACGAGGCUGGAGAGCGAGCGGGAUCUCAGUGUCGGAGUGCGUGAGGGCGCGGCAAGCGGCGCCGCCCGCGCACAGGCGCGCGCGCCUCGAGCGCCGCCGCGAGCCCCUACGCUCGCAGCCAGCGCAGCCUGCGGGCACGCGCGCACCGAUCUCACACACCGCACGCGCCGCUGCGCCCACCCGGCACACGGGACGU